AUCAUCACGUGUAAACAUCGACCUGUCUCCGCCCCACCCCACGGCGCAGUGAGGUACGAGUCGAAAGUGAAAGUAGCCGGCGAGCGGGGAUUCCGAGAAAUCUGCGUUCUUCUUUUAGCUCAGCUGCAUUUCUAGUCUGUAAAGGAAAUAGGCUACAGCAACACACCAACUUCACUCUAGCACCGAGAACUCCGACGUGACUGUGUGUGUCCGAACUUCCCAAGGCUGAUCAAGCGUCUCACGGCGGGAUGGUAACAAUGCAAGCUCCUGUGUGCCUGGUGGACAAUGGGCCCGAAGGACGCAUGAGUGUCCAGCAGGGGGCACUGCAGAUCCUGCAGCAGAUCCAGCAGCCGGUGGUGGUGGUGGCUGUGGUGGGGCUCUACCGCACGGGGAAGUCUUACCUCAUGAACCGACUGGCCGGACAACAGUCAGGCUUUGCUCUGGGCAGCACCAUCGAGUCCAAAACCAAAGGAAUAUGGAUGUGGUGUGUACCUCACCCAAAGAAACAAGGACACACUCUGGUGCUGCUGGACACUGAGGGGCUGGGGGACGUGGACAAGGGUGACCCCAAGCACGACACACAGGUCUUCUCCCUGUCAGUUCUGCUGAGCAGCACUCUGGUCUACAACAGCAGAGGAACCAUUGACAACAGAGCAGUGGAGGAGCUGCAAUACGUCACAGAACUGGCUGAACACAUCAAAGUGAAGUCAUCAGAUGACGAAGGAGAAGACUGUGAGUUUGUGAAGUUUUUCCCCUCGUUCAUCUGGGCCGUGAGGGACUUUACUCUGGAGAGGAAGAUCGAUGGGAAAGACGCCACAGAGGACGAAUACUUGGACUUCGCACUGCAGCUGAAACCUGGUAACGGCAGGAAGGUGAACGAUUACAAUCUUCCCCGAGAGUGCAUCCGGAAAUACUUCCCAUCCCGGAAGUGUUUCAACUUCCCGUUCCCAACUAACCCGGAGAACGUGAAGCGCCUGGAGUCGCUGGCCCUGUCUGAGCUGGACUCCGAGUUCCUGGAGGUCACCGAGCGGUUCUGCAACUACGUGUUUGAUCACAGCCCUGCCAAGCAGCUGAAGGACGGACACGCAGUGGACGGCAGAGUCUUUGGUCAUCUGGUGAAGUUGUACGUGGACACCAUGGUUAAUGGCGGCAUCCCAUGUCUGGAGAAUGCUGUGCUCGCCAUGGCGCAGAUCGAGAACGACGCAGCGGUGCGCGAGGGGCGGCAGGUGUACGAGGACGGCAUGACGAAGCUGAAGAGCCGCUUUCCCGUCCUGCUGGGCGACCUCACGGCGGAGCACGAGCGCCUCAACAGCCUCGCCAUCGAAGCCUUCAUGAAGCGCUCCUUCAAAGACGACGACGGCACAUUCAUGCGCUCACUUGAGGAGUCCAUCAAUGGUUUGUUCGGCAGCUUUGUGCAGCAGAAUGAGCAGGCGUCGGCGCAUCUGUGUGGGGAUAUUUUAAAUCAACUUUCUGAGGGCCUGAAGAACAAACUUCAGCAUGGAGUCUACACCACCCCGGGGGGCUACCAGCUCUUCAGCCAGGACCUGGAGGAAGUCGUCAAUAAGUACAAGGAUCAGACACAAGGAGCCGUCAAGGCUGAGGAGGUUCUUCAGGGUUUCCUGCAGCAGAGGAAGGAGGAGUCAGCUGCCAUCCUGCAGGCUGACAAGAGCCUCAGCAAGAAGGAAAAAGAGAUAUGUGAGGAGCGUGAGCGCGCCGUGCUGAUGGAGCAGGAGGUGCGUGCUGCCCAGGAGCAGCAGCGCCUCCUGGAGGAGAAGAUGGAAGCGGAGAAGAGGAGCGGAGAGGAGCGCAUGCGGCAGCUGAAGGUCAAGAUGGAGGAGGACUUGAAGAACCAGCAGAUGGAGAACCAAAAGGCCAUGGACGCCAAGCUACGCGAACAGGCGCAGCUCCUUGAGAAGGGCUUCCAGGACAAGGCGGAUAAGAUGGGCCGCGAGAUGGAGGAGACUAGGAGGAAGGCGGAGGAGGCCAGCGCGGCGAACAUGAAGCAGUUCACCACCAUGAUCGAGGCCAUGGAGAGCAGACACACAAAGACCAUGAAGAUGAUGCAAGAACAGAUGGAGUUGACCAGACAGAUGGCAGCCAACAGCGGAGGCGGAGAUGGGUGCUGCAUUCUGUAGUACCACCACUAGGGUGUGGUGUGUGUGUGUGUGUGUGUGUGUGUGUGUGUGUGUGUGUGUGUGUGUGUGUGUGUGUGUGUGUGUGUGUGUGUGUGUGUGUGUGUGUGUGGGCAUUAUGCAGCGAUAGAUGGAGCUGACCAGGCAGAUGGCAGCCAGGGACGGAGGGGGAGACAGCUGCUGCAUUCUCUAGUGGCACCACUAGGGUGUGCUGUGUGUGUGUGUGUGUGUGUGUGUGUGUGUGUGUGUGUGUGUGUGUGUGUGUGUGUGUGUGUGUGUGUGUGUGUGUGUGUGUGUGUGUGUGUGUGUGUGUUGCAACGGUAUCUGGAGUUCAGAGAGGUGCAGGUGCUCUUUGGCUCAAGGAAAUAAGUCACUUCGAAAUUCGGUCAAACUUAACAUCAGUUGUUGCUGUUUAAGUCUUGCCAAGACCAGGGCUGGACUGGUAGUCUGGCAUUCAGGGCAUUUUCCCCAUGGGCCGACAGUCCUCCUGUUUUUUUUUUUUACUUGUUUGUUUGCUUUUUUAUUUUACCUCAGAAACUUGCCAUUAAUCUAUAUGGGCCGGCCCAUUGGUCUAUUUUUAAUAUAGACAGUGAAAUUAGCUAAUCAUAAUAGUGCAGAAAAGCAGGGGGCUGUGUGAGCGACUGGUCUAUGCCGGGGAAAAAAUGCCCGAGCUGGUUUUCUGUCCCUGUCCAGCCCUGGCCAAGAUACUCCUCUUCACUUCUCUUCUCUGAGGACGGCACCAGCCCAUCAUAUUAAAAGAUUUUAAUCUAACCAAGCAGUGUGCCUUUGGAAACACCAACAACUGAAAUUAAGUUUGGCCAUAUUUCUAAGUGACUGUUCUAUGUAACUUGAAAUAAUUACAUUACACCCUUUGCUCUGUUUAUACAGGAUAUAUGAGCAAAAAUUGUAUGAGAUUGUCCAUGUCUUAUGCUUUUCUUGUAAGGAAAUGGAUGAAUGAAUGAAGGAAUAAAUGACGUAAAAAGAAC